AUGGAAGGAAACGUAGAGGAAGCUGUAAAAAAAUGGCAUGUGCGCGUAGGAGAGACGCUUUCGAAUUCAAUCUUUUCCAGCUCGCCCUUUUCAUCCCUCCAUUCCCUGCCUGCUGCUUUCCUUCUAAUCCCCAAUGUCACAACAUCAUGGUUGCUACCUUACGUGGACAACCCCGGCGGUGCGAAAUGUUCCAAAUACCCCGACGCGGACCAUUGUGUGUCUCGGUUCAGAAACGCUGACAGGGAGUGGGAUGGGCUAAAAAAGGAUCGCCUGCGCCUCUACCACACCCUCCUGCGUUCCCUGUGGCCGUUCCUAGAGUGCGAGGUGAGCAUCCGCGCGUCCCUGUUACACAAUGGGCCUCACAUAUCGUCCUGGAGGCGAGGCCCCCCUUCGGCCGAUCCCCCUCAGCCGUCCCGGCAGGGGUAUCCCCCCACUCCCCCAGAAGAGGCCCCAGUGACAAAAGGCCAUCUCGACCGUCUCAUGGCACAGGGGAAUUGGGCGGCCGCGCUGGCAUUAAUUCCACGAGUCCUGGCAACCCCGCUCUAUGCCGCGCGAAAGGCGCUCAGGAUCUGCGAGGCUGCGCGGCCGGACCCCGGCGUUGCCUGGGUGGGGGCCCUGGCGGUCUGGACGAACUACGCAACGUUUCUUGGGCUGCACGAGGUCGGACGGGUGCUGACCCUUCUCGCGUGCGCGCAGCGCUGGAGGGAAGCGCUGGCAGUCUACGAUCAGCUCGAGACUUCUCAGAUGGACGGGUAUGUCUUCCGCCAGGUUGCUUACGCACUCGGCAGCAUGCGCCACCGCGAACUGAACGGGCUGGUCAUAGGACUAUGGGCAGAUUGGCGGUGCCGCCUCGGCGACAACGCGCGGCCCACCGCAGGGAUGAUUGAGCAGCUCCUUAUCGCGGGGCUUCAUGGCAGCGAUACGGCUGCUGCCUGCGCGUGCGCUCUCGUUAAGGAGGGUCUAGCGCAAAAGCAGAGGAAAGGUCGCGAGGGGGCCGAGGUGGUCAUCCCCGGGUCUGAGGUCAUGCUUGACCUUGAGAAGAAUGAAACUGUCUUGCGGCGGCUUUUAAAGGAUCGGUGGUACUCCGAGAGCUGGCAAUCCGCGCUCGCGCUUGCUGUCGCAAGCACCAGUGCGAGGAUGAUCGAGACCGUCGCUCGAAAAUCCCCGCCGCACAGCACGGUGUUUGAGUCGGUGCUGGAAUCCUCUCCGCUGUCGACGUCAGGCUCACAGAGGCAAAGCAUUGAUGAAAGGGAUCUCGGAUCUGAGGAAAUGUCUAUUGCUCUUCGCGUCGCGUUGGUUUCUCAUGCGGCGAUGACCAGGCAUAAUUUGGGAACAUCAGAGGUAAAUGACACCAAAGGAUCAAAGACCGCAGCGCCCAAAAGGGGCCCAACCAUUGGGAAUAACCCGUAUUCGCGACUCGAACUUCAACGACAUGAAGCACGGCUUAUCGAACGCAUCCUGGACGAGCUUCUCGGUAAAAAAAAAAUUCAUAAAAAAUGA